UCUUGGUAUUAUGAGGAGUGUGUUCUGGGCCGAUGGAAGAGCUAGAGCAUCUUAUUUGAGUUUUGGAGAUGUGGUAGUCUUUGAUACUACAUACAAGACUAAUCAUUUGAGUUUACCUUUUGCUCCAUUUACGGGAGUAAACCACCAUCGACAAUCCGUCCUCUUUGGUUGUGCAUUGCUUGCGGACGAACAAGAGGGGACCUUCAUGUGGUUGUUUUCUCAAUGGCUCAAGUGUAUGCACGGGAUUGCCCCAAAGGCUAUCAUAACUGAUCAAGAUGCACAGAUGAGAAAGGCUAUCAAUGAAGUUUUGCCGAACACUCGUCAUCGUUUUUGUUCUUGGCAUAUUAGAAAGCAUAUUGCCGAGCAACAAGUAAAGUUGAUGAGCAAAUACGGGGAUGAGAUGCCUACAUAUUUCAAUAGUUGGUACUAUGCUAGAAAUAUAAGCAAGUGUGAGGAGCUAUGGAAAGUCAUGAAGGAGAAAUUUGGUAUAGAAGAAGAUGAAGAUAGUUGGCUAACAAGAAUGUAUAAGUUACGUGAACAUUGGGUGGAUGCAUACUUGAAGGAUUGUUUUUGGGCGGGAAUGACAACAAGCCAAAGGAGUGAAAGUAUCAACUCCUUUUUUGAUGGCUUUGUCAAUGCAAACACUAAUCUUGUUGAGUUUGUUGGCCAAUAUGACAAGGCAGUCACAACUCGUCGUGGAUCAGAAUCUCAUGAAGACUUCAUGACUUUGAAUACUGUGCCCGUGAUGAGUUUCUCAAGUCCAAUUGAAGCACAAGUGGGAAGGGCAUACACGAGGGUGAUGUUGAAGAUGUUUCAAAAGGAGCUUGGUGAUGUGAUGUCCUUACAUUAUGAAGAAGCAUCGAAGGAGGAGUUAAAAGUUGUAUAUUCAGUUGGCAAGUUUUCUGAAGAAAGAAAAAAUUGGGAAGAUGUAACUUAUGAAAAGAAUGGAGAACUUAAAGUUGCAUGCACUUGUGCAUUUUGGGAAACCGAAGGGGUGCUUUGUAAGCAUAUUUUAUAUAUCUUAUGGCUAAAUCAAAUAACUUCUAUUCCGGAUAAGUAUAUCAUGCAUAGAUGGAAAAUUGAUGCAAGGUAUAGGUAUUUUGGCUUUGAUGAUGCUAUGAAGUCGCGACAAAAUGAAGAAAGCAUGGAGCGGGAGAGUAUUAUAAGAUUAUGGGCUUUACGAGGAAACUUCAAUGAGGCAUUUGAUAUGGCGGCGGGCUCAAAUGAUCUUCUUUCUAAGUUAGAGCAACUCAUAAAAAACUUCAUUACGGAAGCGGGAAAGGAAGUAAGGGGCAAGAUAGUUCAAACUCGGGAUUCUCAAGUUGGAAGUGAAGUUGACUCAAAUACUAAUGUGAUCGUAUUGAAAGAUGGUGAGGAGAUUACGGUUCGUGAUCCUCUCGAACCCGCAAAACCAAAGGGACGUCCAAGAAAUUCCACUAGGAUUAAAAGUGGCUUUGAAGAAUCAGAAGAGCAAAAGGAGGUGAAACAACGAAAAUGUGGUCAUUGUCAACAAUUGGGUCACUAUAGGACGGGUUGUCAAUUGUUGAAGAAGCAAAUGAGAUAGUGUGUGAGAUAGUUUACAAAAGUAUUUUCGAGCUCAAGAGCAACGAGUUGUAGGAUAAUGUGUGGACUAAUUUUGGUGUUUCUUGACUAAUUUGGUUGUAUGGACUUGUUGAUGUAAGUAAAC